AUGCUCGAUACGACGCAGGGCCUGCCGGCGCAGAGUCUCUCGUCCCCGAGCUCAUCGGCACGUGGGUGGCCGAAAACGGAUGCUACGACGCCCGUCGCGCAGCUCAGCCCCGACCUGCAAGAUGCCAAGUCUCGCGUCGUCGACGGCGUCGUCACCAUUACCUGGCCAUACAGCAUCGUCACGAGGUCCCUGGCCUUCAUCCUCGCCGAGAACGACGUGAGGCUGCGUCGCGACAAGGGUCAGGUCCGAGUCGAGUUCCACGGCGCUGCCGGAAAGGCCCUCGCCGACGCCAACAUCGGCGGCGGCGAUGAGCUCCGCCUCAGCCUCGAUGGUGCCCAGUGGGAGUCUCCCCCGACGGCGACGCGAUUGCCCGGCAGCGCCCUCGAGUGGCAGAUAAAGUUCACGAGCCGCCUGCUUCUUCACGUCCGCCGGGCUGAUUGUCAAGAACUGGACGUCAUUGACAUUGACGCGCCCGCCGAGGACGAUUCGCAGCCGCAACCGCACGAGGGGGAGAGAUCGGCACGCGACCUUUCGCCUUCCGUUUCGCCUCCCGUCGUCCAUUCGCCGCCCCAGCUCCAGCCUGCGACCCCCAUGACGCUGCCGGCGUCUGCCCUGGCUUCCAAAAGGCUGGCCUCGGCCGCGCUCGAUCUCGAAGAGUUUGCCUCGCCGGCAUUCCUCAAGCGUGCUAGAGUCUCCUACGGCUCCCUAUUCGACAGCGGCCUCGACAUUUUCGAUGAUAAAGCAUCCAGAUGGCACAAUGGCAAACCCAAAUCUCGCUUUAGCAUGGGGCAUACUGUCUGGAAAUACAACAGCCGAUCGCCCAGCCCCGACAUCGACAAGGAGCAGCCAUCCGAGAAUGGACAACGGAGCGACCGAUCGAUUGAUGAACGAACCCAGGAAGCCAGUGCAUCGACACCAAAGGCCUCUCCACCGCCAUCAUCCAUGGUAGAUGGAGGGUGCCAGACGCUAGGCUUGCCAUUCGUCCAGCAUACGGGGAUCGAAACACCUGCCCAGCCAUCGACGGUACCGUCCCUCAUGCACCCGACCCCAGCACCAUUUUCUCCCGCGUACCACUUUGAGAGCGACCAUGUCAGCAUUCAAACGCCUUCCAGAUGGGUUUUCCCUCAUAAUUCCGGCCAGCACGAAUCCCCGACGCCGGCCGGCGCAAGCUCGGCGUAUCAUUCGAUUUCACACGAGCAUGGCUUGCCGAUAGAAAUGGAAGUCCCACACGGCAGCGCAACUAUCACGGCCCCCACCUAUUUGUCUCAAGCUGUCGGACCUGAGAUACCCAAUACCCAUUUGGAGUUUGCGACUGCUGAUGUCCCAGCCCCAAGGGAUGUAUAUCACGAAGUAAGGCAGCACCAUGACAUUCCGUGGCAGCCCGAGCCCUUUCAGUAUCCGUCAGAUGAUUUUCAGAGCCAUGGCCAUAUCCAUCACUCCGCGCCUCUGGCGAGUAGUUUCCCGCCCGCCGGAGAAAAUUCCCCUCGGCUUCAGGGGACCGUCAUGGAUAACGCUCAAUCCGGCCAGUUCCCUGGACAGCAUCCGUCCAUACCCUCAGGAUCACAUCACAAUACGGGCAAAUCAGGGGCAGCUCUUCGCGACGGCGGUGUACCAGAGCUCCAGGAGGGUGGCCACAUGCAGGGCGAAGACUAUUACGUGCGAAAUUACGAGCAUGCUAGGGAUGAUGAUGAGUCCUCGUCAGAGAACCAGACUGAAGAGUCGCAGCAAGGCAGUCGAGCCUUCCAGCAGCAGAUCGCUGAUGACGACCACUUGGACCAGCCUGCCAUUCCAGGCCAUCGUCACGAAGGGCGACCAAUGGACACUGGACUUGACGAAAGUGCCGAGGCCCUCGCCCGCCCACUCGAAACCAAAAUCGCCCAACGCAAAGGCUCUUUCGAAGUAGGCUCGAAUCCUGAAGCCAAUGAGAGUCUAGGAGAAUCCUGCAGCGAUGGCGACGAGUACGAGAGUGGCGAAUAUGAGGGCGAAUACUACGACGAAGAUGACGACGAUGGUGACGAGGAAGGUGACGAGGAAAGUGACGAUGACGGAGAGGGAGAGGGAGAGGAAUACGACGGUUCCGCUUACCCUCAGCAGGCGGCCGCUCCGACGGAGCCGGUUUUCAUCAGCCUUCUGUCAGAUUCUGAGGAUGAGGUUGAUGAUCAGCCAAAGCCAGUGUCCGCCAUCCCUCUGACGCAGUUUCAAGGCGCAGGCAGUUCUCCAGCAACUGGGCAGCAGCCUCCCACUCAGAAUGUAAGAAACGCAGAGGAGCACGAUGGCGAUGUGCCCUCUGUCAAUGCAGAAUACGACAACGAUCAGUACGAGGAACACGAACAAGAAUCAGGGCACGAAUCAGUGCACGAAUCAGGGCACGAAUCAGGGCACGAAUCCGAGCAUGGGUCCGAGCAUGGAUCCAGAUGUCAAUCCGAGUAUGAGUCCGAGCGAAGUCCUGAACAGGACCUCCGGCAGGGUCUCGGGCAGGGACCGGGGCAGGGGCUUGAGCAAGAUCUUGAGCCACAAACCGAGCAAGAACCUGGGCUUGAACCGGAGCAAGUAAUCGAGCGCGAACCGGAGCGCGAACCGGAGCACGAACCAGAGCAGGAACUGCAACACGAACCGCAGCACGGGCUGGAGCAUGAACAGGGGCACGAGCGGGAAAAUGAACAGGAGCACGAACCGGAGCACGAACCGGAGCAGGAACCGGAGCAGGAACUGCAGCACGAACCGCAGCACGGGCAGGAGCUUGAACCAGAGCAUGAGCCGGAGCAUGAGCCGGAGAAUGAACCAGAGAAUGAACCAGAGAAUGAACCAGAGAAUGAACCAGAGAAUGAACCGGAGCAUGAACCGGAGCAUGAACCGGAGCAUGAGCCGGAGCAUGAGCCGGAGAAUGAACCGGAGCAUGAACCGGAGAAUGAAUCGGAGCAUAAAUCGGAGCACAGACCGGAGUCCGGACUCGAGCAAGAACUCGAACAAGCGCCCGGCCCAAGUAACGGAUUUGACGGCAGCAAUGUUGAGACUCGUGUCGACUCAUUUGCAGCAACCAGGCUUUUGGGGAGUGUUGAUGCAGUCCGCCGCGAUGAAAUAUCCAAUGUCAAAGUUGACGAGAAGGAGAUCAACGAGCAGAUCAGUACGGCCAAUUUGAGUUCGAGUGUAUUGACGGCCAUCGGGGUUGUGCAGCCAAACACGGCCGCUCUUUUUUCUGCUGAGGCACACCCCCACCCUUCGAUCGAAAGUGAAUCACUGGUCGGAUGGGAGAAACGGGAAUCAGUGCAAAUUUUACACGCUGUUGAACCGCCCGAAUCAUCACAUCAUCACCCCUCUACACAUUUCACACAACAGAAGACGUCGAUCUCGACAGAGGCAGAGGUCGUAACGUGUCCAGAGGUCUUGAUGCAGGAUAUAUCCGCCGUUGACGAAUUGCCCGACACAUUCGUGUCCGUCACAGGGGAGUCACAGGAGAGAGAUCAGCCGCUGCCUCCCAGUGGCGAGUCAACGCGAGCCCUCCAAGUAGUGCCAACGACGAACGCUGCGGCGACAACGACCUCACAGCAGCUGCAACAGCCCCCCGCCCCCGACGAAAUACCCAGGGAGCUGGGUGCGGUGGAUGGCCGUCAAAUGGAGUCGAGAGAGUUGCAAGAUGAUGACGAUUUGGCAGCCGAGGCGCAGAUCCAGAGCGAAUAUCAGGUGUCUCAGCCCCAGCUCCACGGUGAGAUUCGAGAUGGUAGGGAGAGCGACACGCAGGAGUCGGACAUUCUCAUCACGGUCAGGUCUUUGCGAAGCCGAACGCAGAGGAUGAUGGCAUCUGUCAAUUCAACGAGCGACCCGGUCGAAGACUCCAGCCUUCUCCUGGCCAUGGCUUCUUCUCCGGCGCCGUCUCAGCAUUCAGCCGAAGAAUCGACUCGCUCUCCGCCGCCUCUCAGUCAACGCCAUGGUGAUCAAGCGAGUCCCGAACUUGCGUCCUCUCCCCAGCAGCCGGAGCUGACGAAUACCAAGUCCCCCGGUACGCUGCGGGCGCGCGCAAGCCGUAAAAAGAACCAGCGGGUGGACGCGAGCAUCCUGCUCGCGAAAGCGCCAGCGGAGGACGAGGAUAGCCAAAUACCGACAACGCGUGUAACGCGCAGCAUGGAUCACCCAGACCCUAGUAGGCAUGCAUCCAAGGCGUCGCGCUCGCCUGCGAGGAGUUCCCGGCGCUUGAUCACUCCCGAGGCAGCUCACAAGGUGCCAGAAGUGGACGUUUCAAGUUCUUCCCCGGUGGCUGGCUCGGCGGUUCCGGACGACGUCACGACGCUGAAGAAGCAGCUGGAAACAGGGCUGCGAACGAGGCUGCCGGACUUCUUGCAGCUCAAGUCCCUGCGUUUGUCUUUGGCCAAGACGGUGGACAUUUUCGCCGUAUCAUCGUUGACACCGUCGCAGCCGCAUCGACCCAAGAACGGUCCUCGAGAUUACAUGCUAGAACUGAUCCUUACAGAUCCUUCGACGGCUCCCAACGCCGUCAGCGUGGCUCACAUUUUCCGGCCGCACAAGGCUUCCUUGCCCGUGAUCCAGGCCGGGGAUGUGGUCCUCCUUCGGCGCAUGCACGUCGUCUCCGUCAAGGGCCGUGGUUUCGGCGUCCGGGUUGGAGAUGCCUCGGCCUGGGCCGUGUUUGAGAAGGACGACGAGGACAUGCUGCCACAGAUCAAGGGUCCGCCGGUCGAGGUCACGGAUGAGGAGUUUGAGCACGCAAAGGGCCUGAGGCGGUGGUGGGCGUUGCAGGACGGCAAGGCGCUUGCCAAGGUCGAAAAGGCGACCCAAAAGGCGACGCAGUCUGGCAAGGAGGAUGCAAAGUGA